AUGGGUUGGGAAUUACGGCAAGGAAUGCAGAGACCUGACUAUGGAGAUGACCCAACCGAUUUCACUAUUCAAAUGCACCAUGGAGGAUAUUUUGCUGAUAUUGGUUCAAGGUGUUAUGUUGGAGGUAAAAUCGAUCACUUUGACCAUUGCAAUUCAGAUAUGAUGUCGAUGAGAGAGAUGCAUUCAAUGUCUGUAGAAUUAGGUCUUGUUCAACCAGGUGAUAAUAAUGUUGUAAUUAGAGUGGUUGGUGUGUUUGUUGAACAUGUUAAGGUAGAUGAACUUGUUUCUGAUGAUGGCGAUGGUUAUGAUAUUGAAGAAGGAAACUUUGGAGAUGAUAUUGAUAAUGAAGAGCCUAUUUAUGCUGAUGAUUAUAAUGAGAUGGAGACUAAUACUGGGAGAGAGACUACUGAUGUAAGUGCUGGUUGUGAAUCUGAUGUAGAACAAUCGUUUGGGGAAGAUACUGAUUAUUCUGAUAGGCUACAUGACAGUGAGUAUGAUGAUGGUCAAUCCGCUUCUGCUUCUAAACACAAUGAUGCAUAUCCACUUCUCUUCAAUCCUGAAGCAGAUAUGGAUGAUCCUAAAUUUGUUGUUGGGCUAUGCUUUGCAUCUACUGAUAUUUUUAGAGCAGCUGUGAGAAGACACUCUAUGAAGCAUGGAAGAGAUGUUACAUUUAAGAAAAAUGAUCCAGAUAGAGUUAGAGUAAUUUGCAAGGAUGAAAACUGUGAGUGGAUGGUCUAUGCUUCUAACAAACAUGGUGAAAAUACAAUGCAAGUCAACACAGUGGGAGCAGAGCACAGUUGUAGCAGACAAAACAAGGUUUCAGCUGCUAAUUCCAUAUUCUUGGCCAAAAAGUACCAUGAUCAUAUAAGGACCAAUCCUUCAUGGCCUAUUAAAUCUAUGAUGACUGUUGCACAAAAGGAAUGCCAUUUAGAAUUUUCAAGAUUUCAGCUUUACAGAGCCAGGAUAAAGGGGUUGGAACAAGCUAGUGGUGGUGAAGAUGAGCAGUUUUCUAGAUUGUGGGACUAUGGUGAGGAGAUUAGAGAAACAAAUCCAGAUACUACAGUGAAAAUCAAGACUCAUAUUGGUGAAGAUAAUGUGAUGAGAUUUCAAAGGAUGUAUAUUUGUUGGGGUGUGCUGAAAAUGGGAUUUUUGGAGGGAUGUAGGCCUUUGAUAGGAUUAGAUGGUUGUCAUUUAAAGGGUCCAAGUGGAGGGAUUCUUCUUGCUGCAGUUGGUGUUGAUGGAAAUAAUAGUAUGUACCCUUUUGCAUAUGCUAUUGUUGAGAAAGAGAAGACUAGUUCAUGGUUGUGGUUUCUAGAGCUUUUAACUGCAGAUUCGGGCAUUGGUGGUGACAGUUACAAUUGGACUAUAAUGUCAGAUAAGCAGAAAGGUCUAGUUGAAGCCGUUGCAAACUUAUUACCAGAUGCUGAACACAUGUUUUGUGUUUUACAUUUGUACAAUAACUUUAAACUGAGUCACCGAGGAUUGCGUUUGAAGGAACUAUUGUGGAGAGCAGCAACAUCAACAAGGAUUGUGGACUUCAAUGCAGCAAUGGAUGAGUUGAAAAGUGUUCAUAUUAAAGCAUUUCAGUGGUUGUCAGGUAGAUCACCCCAACACUGGUCCAUAUCUUAUUUUAGCACUUCUCUUAAGUGUGAUAUGCUACUUAACAAUUUAUGUGAGAGUUUUAAUGGGAUGAUAAUAAAAGCCAGAGAUCACCCAAUAAUCUCGAUGCUUGAGUUGAUCCGGUUAAUGUUGAUGAAGAGAAUUCAUCAACAAAGAGAUUUGGUCAGUAAAAGUAGUAGCAUUUUGUGUCCAAAAAUUCAAUUCAUGGUGGAUGAACUAAAAAAAAAAGCUAUGGAAUACAUGGUUGAGUGGAAUGGACAUGACCAGUUUGAGGUAAUUGGUGCAUUUCAUGAGAAGUACACAGUACACUUGGGGGAGAAAACUUGUAGCUGCAGAAAAUGGGAUCUGUCAGGGAUACCUUGCAAACAUGCUAUUGCAGGUAUGUUUUAUAUGCACUAUAAACCUGAAGACUAUGUAGUUGAUUGGUACAAGAAGGAUGUGUACUUGAAGGCUUAUAGUAGAUUAAUGAAUCCAAUGCGUGGCCCUGAAGUGUGGCCAAAAUCCACAAGGAUCCCACUGCACCCUCCUCUUGUGGAAAAACUUCCUGGAAGACCAAAGAAGAUUAGGAGGAAGCAACCUGGUGAAGAAAUUACUACUAAAGAGGGCAAGAAGAAGCUAGUUAGGAGAAAUAAAAGUAAUUCAAGAGCAAGAGAAGCAACAAUAGUUUCUACUCAAACUGCUCCAAGACCAUCUCAAGAUGCUGGCUUUAGACAUGGAACUGAUCUGCAGUAG